UGGUUUACAAGUGUUACUCAUCUAGAUAGAUGUACACUCAUACAUGCCAGAUAUUUUCUCCAUCCCUCUCCACUUGUCCAUUCUUCCUAUAUAUAUAUAUUCCCUCCACCUCCCUUCAACUUCCAUAAGCUCAAAAAACUCCCAAAAACCUAAAGUUUAUAUCCAUGGCAACAAUGGCAUCCACCUUAGCUUCCUCAGUUAUUACCAAAAGAAACUUCCUUGACACAAACAAAUCAUCCUUUUAUGGUGUUCCUAUCUCCUCACAGACAAGACUGAACCUCGUAAAAUCUGUUAAACAAGAUAUGUCUGUGUAUGCUUCUGUUGAUUCUCCUCUGCCGCCUUACGAUCUUGGAAGUUUCAGUUUCAAUCCGAUCAAGGAAUCGAUUGUUGCUAGAGAAAUGACAAGGAGGUAUAUGACUGAUAUGAUCACUUAUGCUGAUACUGAUGUUGUUAUUGUUGGUGCUGGAUCUGCUGGUCUCUCUUGUGCUUAUGAACUCAGCAAGAACCCUAACGUUCAGGUGGCCAUCCUUGAGCAAUCUGUGAGCCCCGGUGGAGGUGCUUGGCUAGGGGGACAACUCUUCUCCGCCAUGGUUGUGCGUAAGCCAGCGCAUCUUUUCCUGAACGAGCUAGGCAUUGACUACGACGAGCAAGACGACUACGUGGUCAUCAAACACGCUGCCUUGUUCACCUCAACCAUCAUGAGCAAGCUUUUGGCCAGGCCAAACGUGAAGCUCUUCAAUGCUGUUGCAACGGAGGACCUUAUCGUGAAGAACGGAAGAGUCGGUGGCGUUGUCACUAACUGGUCUUUGGUUUCUCAGAACCACGAUACACAGUCCUGCAUGGACCCCAAUGUUAUGGAAGCUAAGGUCGUGGUCAGCUCUUGUGGCCACGACGGUCCUAUGGGCGCCACAGGGGUUAAGAGGCUUAGGAGCAUUGGCAUGAUCAACAGUGUUCCUGGAAUGAAAGCUUUGGACAUGAACGCUGCUGAAGACGCGAUUGUUAGGCUUACCAGAGAAGUUGUACCUGGAAUGAUCGUUACCGGAAUGGAAGUUGCUGAAAUUGAUGGAGCACCAAGGAUGGGUCCAACUUUUGGAGCCAUGAUGAUAUCAGGACAGAAGGCAGCACACCUUGCCCUACGGGCGUUGGGAUUGCCCAACGCGCUCGAUGGAACUGCAGAAACAAUCAUCCACCCAGACCUUAUUUUGGCUGCAGCUGAUGAAGCUGAAUCUGCUGAUGCUUGAAUGUAAUUUUUAUAGUUUUCUAUGAACAGAUGAAAAAGUAUUAGUUUUUCCUAGAUGAGCAUGCUAUGCUUGUGGUUUUGGUUUGUGAUAAAUUGGAAGGGGGAAUGAUGAAUAAAAAUAUGCAGGAUGAAAGAAAGUUGUGUGUAGCUUUGGA